AUGGCCGCGCUCCGCCACCUCGCCGCCGGCCCCACCUACCACCACCACGGCGUCGCGACAGCCACCGCCUCCCUCCGCCUCCAUCGCCUUCCCCUUCCCUCCCGCCCCCUCCGCUCCCGCUCCUUCACCAGGGUUUAUGCGCUCUCCAGCAAUGACAUCAGGGUCGGCACCAACGUCGAGGUCGACGGCGCGCCAUGGAAAGUUCUAGAGUUUCUCCAUGUCAAGCCUGGAAAAGGCGCUGCUUUUGUCAGGACAAAAAUGCGCAACUAUGUAACCGGCAACACAGUUGAGAAAACCUUCCGGGCUGGAAGUACGCUCCAGGAACCAUCCCUUUCAAAGGAGACCAAGCAAUUUACAUACAAGGAUGGCGCCCAGUUCAUGUUCAUGGAUCUGAUCAUUGAUUUCGAGCUCCCAAUCAUUGUGAGGCUGACUGUAACUGAUACUGACCCAGGGGCAAGUGAUAGUGCGCAAGGAGGAACAAAGCCUGCAACCCUGGAAACUGGAGCUGUUGUCACUGUGCCCUCUUUUGUGAACGUAGGCGAUGAUAUUCUGGUUGAUUCAAGAACUGGGCAGUAUAUGAAUCGAGCAUAG